AUGCCCCCUCGUGUCGAAGACUGGUCGGACUCGGACGACGAUGACGCUGUCUCCGAAGUCGAGACCUCCGUUCUGCUGGGCAUACCAGACGGUGCGAUGGAGGAAGAAGGCGACGGCGUAGACGCCGCUGUAUCUCGGAUAGGUGGAUUACCUGCUCUGCUGCCGACGCCUGAACCUGCGUUCGAAUCGAGCUUUUGUGCGAACUGCGUGUGUCCGAUGCCGCUGCUUGUGCAGAUGUGGUGCCCGUUCGAGGACAGUCCGUACGAUCGUGCGUUAUACGUAUGGGGGUGUCCGAAAAGAGGCUGUCAGAGACAAGAGGGCAGUGUGCGCGCGUGGAGAGGACUGAGAUAUAACGCUAAGUAUGCCGAGAAACUUCAACGGAAACAAGCUGCCGCUGCUGCCAAAAAGGCAAAACGCGAGGAAUCGCAAAAGGCUGCAAGUGCUACACAGAAAACAACGUCGAACCCGUUCUCGAUGGGUGCGGGAUUUGCGUCGAGUACCACAGGAUUCGGAGACAACAUCUUCGGCGCGGAGGAGGCGGCCACCAAACCCGAAGAUAGCGCGCAUGAAGAGGCCGAUGCUGAUGUCGAGGCCGAAGAGCCACCACUCAGCGACGAUGAGUCCGAUUCUGCAUCUACCUCGUCCUCGACAGAGUCUUUGGUCGUCGCCUUGACCUCGACAUCGAUCUCUGAAUCCCCCUGGAAACCUGCGCCUUGGUACCCAGCACAGUAUCUGUCGACGGCCCCAGAAUACUUGCCUCCGUCAACAUUGAAGAAACAUGCGGACGCGAAGAAGCUCGGAGAAUCGUUGGAAGACGAUGCGGCGGAGGGAGGGAAUGCGUGGACUGCAGAGAAGUAUGAGAAUUCGAUGGAUACAGAUCCUGUUUUCGACAGGUUCAACGGGCGGGUGGCGGCAGAGCCGGAGCAAUGUGUCAGGUAUGACCUAGGCGGGACACCACUACUCUUCUCAUCCGACAAGACGUUCGAGAAAUUAUUCCCGCUGCCUGGACAGGAUCCCAAGGUGACGAUUAUCGGGAAGGCGGACAUGAAGGCAGGGUCGGCGCAGAAAAGGGAGUACGACUCUUCGCGCGUGGGGGAAUGUUCAAAAUGCCAUUCGAAGCGGGUGUUCGAGUGCCAGCUCAUGCCGAACCUGAUCAAUGUGCUGAAAGAGAAGGAGGGUGGUCAGGCAGAGAACGGGCUGACGGACGAGGAGCGGCGGAAAUUGGUGGAGAGCGAGCUGAAGGGAGGGUCGAAGGAGGGGCGGGGGAUGGAGUGGGGUGCUGUGCUUGUGUUCUGCUGCGAGUCGGACUGCUGUGUGGAGAGCGAGAAGGGGAGCAAGGACGGGUGGUUUGAAGAGGUUGUGAUGGUGCAAUGGGACGAGUGA